GUUGUGAAACACUUCUUAUCUUCUAUGCUAUCUAUCACUAUAUCCAUUGCUCCAAAUCUGUACAUAACUACCUUCACUUUGGUUAAGAUCAUCUCAAUACAACAUCAAAAUGUCCACCACUAUUUACAGCUUGAGCUCUGUCUCAUCUUUCUCUUUAAGACCCAGAUCAACAUGCUCCAACCUCAAAUUCACUUGUGCCAUUGCAGUGGAAGCAGGAGCAGCUAGUGCAAGGUCUCUGCAAGCAGGGAGGUAUAUCAAGGCAGUGUGUUUUUCUUCAUCUGUUGAAAGUACUGAGACCCAACAAGAAGAGGAACAGAUUCAGGAUUCUCAGCCCGAGAUAAAAGCUUUUGCAGUUCCGAGGAGGCAAAUAAUGACCGCACUCCUUUCAAGUUAUGUAUUCGCACAAGUUGAUUCGCUUGAUACUGCAAGUGCAUUACAGUCUGUUGGAUUGAGGGAAUACAUAGAUACUUUUGAUGGUUACUCAUUCAAGUACCCUAAAAACUGGAUUCAAGUUCGAGGUGCCAAUGCAGACAUCUUUUUUAGGGAUCCCUUUAUUCUCGAUGAGAAUCUCUCAUUAGAGUUGUCCUCCCCUUCAUCUUCCUUUUACAAGAGCAUCGAAGAUCUGGGACCCCCGGAAGUAGCUGGAAAGAAUGUUCUAAAGCAGUACUUGACAGAAUUCAUGUCUACCAGACUCGGGGUCAGGCGUGAGGCAAGUAUUCUUUCAACGUCUUCAAGAAUAGCUGAUGAUGGAAAGAUGUACUAUCAAGUUGAGGUAAACAUCAAGUCAUACGCAAACAACAAUGAGUUGGCCGUUAUGCCACAGGACAGAGUUGCUCGCCUGGAGUGGGACAGACACUAUCUUUCUGUUCUUGGAGUUGAAAACAAUCAGUUAUAUGUAUUAAGAUUACAAGUACCUGAAAAUGUCUUUGCUGAAGAGGAAAAAGAUCUGCGUCAGAUACUGGAUUCGUUUAGAGUAAACAAGGUUAUAGUCUGAUCAUCUUGGCGAACAAGCCAUGCUGCUUGUAGCAGAUUAAAUUGCAUUCAAUCAGCAUGACAUUGCAGGGAGUACUUGAUUAGUCUUGAGGUUUUGUUACAUCACAUGUGAUUGUGAUCUUGUUUGUAUACCCUUUUUCCUGUUUGCUUACUUGCUUCGUUCAAUUUGAUAAAUUACUUUCUAUGAGUUAAAAAUACUACAUUUCUUCUCGGUUAUGUAAUUAUGUAAUUUUGAUUUAAGAAUAGCCCAUCAAAUAAAAUAAUUCUUGGUUUUGUCAUUUA